AUUGGCAAUUGUGCAUUAACGGCAUCGCAAUAAACGAAAAAAUUACCAAUAAGGCAAACAAAGGUGUAAACAAAGAAACCACAAACAAUGGGCUCCUCUUGCUCCAGAGAUCUACCCGCAACUGAUAAUGAAAAUCCAAAACUUUCGCUGGAUGCAGGUAACGACACUGUAGAUACGCCUAACAACAACAAUAGCUGUUUACUGGCAGUGAAAUUUGUGAAUGGGGAAAAAAUUGUGGUUUUCAAAUACGCGAGCGAAAAAGACGAAUGGCCGAUCUGCCAUGAAAUACCCGUUGAAGGCAUUUUUCGUACGUUCAUCGUGCAACGGUAUAUGCUUUUCAUAGACUGGACGAACGCGAAGCGAAUUUGUUGCUAUGACAUAACAACACGUGCCAUACGCACGCUGGAACCAAUCAAGAAUGAAGUCUAUAUGCAUUAUUUCGCCGCGGAGUUUGAGGGCAAACUUUACCUCUUCGCGGAUAUAAUGGAUAAGCGAAAAGUGAAUGUCUGGGAUCCAGUAACGGAUAGUUGGAGCCAGGCGCCCAAACUGAAUGUAGCACGUGAGCAUGCCGCAGCCGUCGCGCACCGCGGUUACUUGUAUGUGGCAGGCGGACGCAAGGACUACCUAUUCAACUCAGAGCUACGCUCGGUGGAGCGUUACGAUCCGCGACGACGUCGUUGGCAACGCUGCGCAGAUCUGCUGCAAGCGCGGUGUGCCGCCGGGCUGGUCUCAGCUGGCGCUUUCCUCUACAUUGUGGGCGGCGAAUGUUCGGAGAUACCCACUAAUAUGGUGGAGCGUUAUGACGCACAGAUAAAUAAAUGGACACAGCUUUUGUGCAUGCAAGUACCCAAACAUUAUCCCGCCUGCGCGUUCUACAACAAUUCCUUGCUGGCUUGUGGUGGUCCCAAGCUGGAUCAGGAUUGUAAAAUUGUCGAGGAGUUCAAUGCAGCGGAGAACAAGUGGCUUCGAAAAAAUAGUAUGCCCUCCCAAGGUCCUUACUCUUAUAUGAUUGUAACGCCGACAUGGCUAAGGCAAUUGGAGUCAACGAAUUAGCCAUUCCAUAAAUUUAAUUUCUACAUUUUUGAAUUUCUUAAGAAUUACAACUUUUUAUGAAGACUUAAAGACAAAAAAUAAAUAUAUUUAUAAACAA